CUCCCAAACUGCUGCACAUAUCAUCGCAUCGGGGGUGCGGGAAGCGCAGGAUUUCCUGUGGUGUUGCUGAACUGGACACAUCCGAGUUUUAGAUUCGCAGAAGUACCUAGCUCAUUUUAACCUCCGUCGAUUUAAUGUCUUAAUCAAAACCUUCUCAUCUGUACGUGCCCUAGACUACACCACGCCGUAGUUAGUCUGAAGUAAGUCAUCAAAGAUGUCCGAAGCCACAGUGGCCGAUACUCGCCGGUUAAACUCUAAACCGCAGGACCUGACGGACGCCUACGGCCCUCCCAGCAACUUUCUGGAAAUCGACGUGUACGACCCGCAGACUAUAGGAGUUGGCCGCAAUCGCUUCACCACUUACGAAGUCCGGAUGAGGACAAAUCUUCCCAUUUUUAAACUGAAGGAGUCGUGUGUUAGACGAAGAUACAGCGACUUCGAGUGGCUGAAGAAUGAGCUGGAAAGAGACAGCAAGAUUGUUGUGCCUCCGUUGCCUGGAAAGGCACUGAAGAGACAGCUUCCCUUCCGUGGAGAUGAGGGCAUUUUUGAGGAGUCCUUCAUUGAGGAGAGACGAGCUGGGCUUGAACAGUUCAUCAACAGAAUUGCAGGUCAUCCUUUGGCCCAGAACGAACGCUGUCUUCACAUGUUCCUGCAGGAAGAAAGUAUUGACCGGAACUACAUUCCCGGAAAAGUACGGCAGUAGGGUUUUCCAAACUGGGACAAGGGAGGGUCUUCUUUCUUCGCUUGUCAGCUUCUAUUCCCAUUCAUCUGCAUACAAAGUGCAGAGUAACAUUUAUUUUUACACCGAGCAAAAUCUAGAUACCUGGUGAACCGCGCAGGACUUGGUUUUAUUUAACAGAUCAUGUUUUGUACAUGUGUCUGAGAGUUUCUCUUUACACACACAUUGUAUUUCUUUAUUAUCUAUACAAUGUACCUGUUAGCGUGUGUGUGUAUUAUAUAACUAUACAUUAAGCUGUAGCACUGUAAAGCAAAGAGGGUUGGCCCAUAUCUUUGUCCUCUCUGGCGUCUGUUGAAAAAAAACGAGUUCAAGAGUUGAGGUGUAUUGCAUGACAUUCCAAGCAGCGCAAAUGCUUAAGAAAACAUUUAGGAAGCAAGGAAGAGCUGGAUGUGCAGCGGAUUAGAAAACAUGGUCGUAAAUGUGAAGCGUUACGCCGUUUGACAAAACGAGAUGAGAAAAAGUGUUCUGGGCUGUGUUUCAAGCAUAUAUUUGGAAAAUGUACUUGUUUUUUUUUGUAGUUAUGUAAAAUUCCAGCCAGUAUUCAUAAUCACAAACUUAGCUUGUAUAUAAUGUUACCCGUUGGGCCCUAAACUACUUGAUUCAUCUGAAAUAAAAAAGGUAAUUGCAACCUUUAAUUCUCAUAAUUCAGAUUUUUAUAUAUAUAUAUAUUAGGCCUUUUCCGAGGGGUUAAAAAAAUCUGCAUUUUGAGAGAGAAGCUCAGAAGGGCAAGAUGGUACCUUUUUGAUUUCUGAGAAAAAAAAUUGUGAGAGGGGAAAUCAAAUUGUGAGUUUGUGGUACCUGUAUUUGUUUUGUUCAGUUUUUUUUAUCCUCGGCAGAAACAAGCUUCCAUACUGUCCAAUACAUAAAUGAAAAUUCAUAUGCGUUUCGGUCUGAAUAAAGCGCAUGCUGGAUUAUGAAGACGUUAGAGACUCUUGAUUCCAAUUUUAUGUGGAACGAUACGGUUCUGAAAUUGAAAAGACUCAUGCUAGUCUGCGUUAGCAAACAAACACAGUAGUAUAAUAAUAGUAUCAGGCGUGUUAUUACCCAAUAAUAGGCACUGAAUAGUUGGAAGGGGUGUUUUAGAAUCUCAUAUUAGGGUUGAAGUGCUGUCCUUUUGUCAGCCGCUAUGGAGUUCUCUAAAGUAAUUAGUAAACAGAUGUACCUAUUUUUGGUAUGAAAUGAGUGCGUGAGUAUGCGAGUCCAAGUUAAACGAGUCCAGAAACGGCUCCCUAGGAGGACAAAAUAUGUGCCAACUGUGUGAAGGAUGUCCUGCCAAAGUUCAGUCAUUUUCUUAAGAAUGACUAUAUAUUUAUGUUAUCUCCUGUGUUCAUCGAUUUGUGCCUGUGACGUUUGUCUGUAAAUAAAAGUAAAACAAAAUAGA